AGGCCCAGGAAGGACCGACUGGGAUACUUCCGCUUCCUGUAGCACCAGAUAAGUCGCGAGAGGAAGCUUAAAUACAGUCGUUUGCAUUUAGGACCACUUCGGUUCACGAUGGUCCGGAGUGGAAAAAAUGGUGACCUUCAUCUUAAACAGAUUGCAUAUUAUAAGCGAACUGGUGAAUAUCAUUCAACUACACUACCAAGUGAGAGAAGUGGCAUUAGAAGAGCAGCAAAAAAAUUUGUCUUCAAAGAAAAAAAGCUGUUUUAUGUUGGAAAAGACAGAAAACAAAAUCGUUUGGUAAUUGUUUCAGAAGAGGAAAAAAAGAAAGUCCUAAGAGAAUGCCAUGAAAAUGACACUGGAGCUCAUCAUGGCAUAUCCAGAACUCUCACUUUAGUGGAAUCCAGUUACUAUUGGACUUCUGUGACCAAUGAUGUCAAACAGUGGGUAUAUGCUUGUCAGCAUUGCCAAGUGGCAAAAAAUACAGUUAUUCUAGCACCUAAACAACACCUUCUCAAGGUGGACAAUCCAUGGAGUAUAGUUACUGUUGAUCUGAUGGGACCUUUUCAUACAAGCAACAGAAGUCACGUAUACGCUUUAAUCAUGACAGAUUUGUUUACAAAGUGGGUUAUGAUUUUGCCUCUGUGUGAUGUUUCAGCAUCAGAAAUUUCUAAAGCUAUUAUCAAUAUAUUUUUCUUAUAUGGACCUCCUCAGAAAAUAAUAAUGGACCAAAGAGAUGAAUUCAUUCAACAGAUCAAUGAUGAACUAUAUGGAUUAUUUGGUACAAAACAGAUUAUAAUUCCUCAUGCCUCUGGAACUGUUAAUCCAACUGAAAGUACUCCCAGCACAAUCAAAACAUUUCUUUCCAAAUACUGUGCUGACCAUCCCAACAACUGGGAUGAGCACCUAUCAGCUCUUUCAUUUGCCUUCAAUGUAACUCACUUGGAACCUACUAAGAAUACACCAUAUUUUCAAAUGUUUAACCGAAAUCCUUAUAUGCCAGAGACUUCGGAUAAUCUUCAUGAAGUGGAUGGUGGUAAUACAAAUAUGUUUGCUAGAAUUCUAGAUGCAAUUAAAGAAGCUGAUAAAAUAAUGGAGAAUAAGACAACUUCAGUGGGCCAGAUGGAGAACAACAAUUUAGAUGACCUAAAUAAAAGCAAAAUCAUUGUUAAAAAGAAACCAAAGCAAUUAAAUCCAUUUCAUUUAAAAGUGGGUCAUGAAGUUUUAAGACAAAGGAAAAAUUGGUGGAAGGAUGGUCGUUUUCAAUCUGAAUGGGUUGGUCCUUGUGUCAUAGACUAUAUUACAGAAAGUGGAUGUGCUGUCCUCAGAGACAAUACUGGAACUAGGCUUAAAAGACCUAUCAAAAUGUCCCACCUUAAGCCUUACAUAAGAGAAUCCAGUGAACAAGACAGUCUUUAUCUCUUGCAAGGUUCAGUAGUGACAGAUCAUGACUACAUUGGAUUGCCUGAAAUUCCAGUUGGAGCAUACCAAGCAAAUAUUCUGGUAGAAGAUGCACCUAUUGGUAUAGUUGACAAUGAGUUACUAACAUCAAACAAGGAUCGUGAACUGUUAGAAUAUAGAAAUGCCAAAACCUCUCCAUUGAUAGAAGAUCAUGGUACUCUUGAAAAGCAGACUUUCAGUCUGUUGGACACUUCAAACCAAGUUCUUGAGUACUUAAGUUAGUAAAUACCAAAAUUAAUUUUAAGUACUUAUUUAGAAUGUAUAAAACCCCUUGAGUCUUGAUAUUUUAUCUAUUAAAUUGUAUAGAA